AUGACAGGACUGCUUAAAUCAGCUUAUAACCAGGAGCAGAUAGCUCUCUUCGAAGAGCUUAUCUGUCUCCCUACAAAGUACCGGCAAUGCAACGAGCCGGUUCGUAAUCUAGCUUAUCUCACUGCCCUCCACGUGCACAUCAUCUCAACCAUUCCUUAUGAAAAUUUGUCUUUGCACUACUCCGAAUCACGGCUGGUUGAGCUAGACCCUCAGCUGCUGUUUGAGAAGUUAGUUACAGGCGGUCGGGGCCGAGGUGGCUACUGCAUGGAAGUCAGUAUUCUGAUGCACCAUAUUCUGAGAGCACUUGGGUUCCAGACAUACAUGACUGGGGUUCGAAUUCGACUGCGGAAGGAUGGUGUGCCUAGCGGUGACUACAUCGGCUACCUUGUAGGCUUCCCAGACAGAACCCAUUACAUGAUCGAUGUGGCAUUUGGAGGCGACGGCGCUACCAAGCCGAUUCCCUUGAAGCAUGAUCAGGCAUUGCAAAAUCUUGGUAAUCAAGAGGUCCGCUUAGUGCGAGACCACCUUGCGAAUCAAGUUUUUCGGACAGAAGCUUCGAAGCUCUGGAUUUACCAGUAUCGAAAUGGACCAGCGAAGCAGUGGAACUCUUUUUACGCCUUCUCCGAGCAGGAAUUUUUGGAAGCGGACUUCAAAGUCAUGAACUGGUACACAAGCACGUCACCCGAUUCUUUCCAGAGAUUUUGUCCAUUGGUUGUUAAGUUUCUCAGAAAGAGGGAAACUCUUGACGAUGGGGCUGAAGGUGACGAGGCGAUUGUCGGAAAGAGGAUGUUGGUAGGCUCGGUUUUGAAAGAGAAUCUGGGAGGAAAGACCCGUGUUGUUAAAGACUGUCAAGACGAGAGCGAUAGGGUCAAGGCACUAGAGGAUUGGUUUGGGAUCCAUUUAACCACAGAAGAAAAGGCAGGCAUCAAAGGGCAUUGGACAGAGAUUGGAAGAAAAGCCGCGACUUCGAGCUUCCCAUAA